AUGGCAGUCCAUUAUGCCGAUCUCAUGAAUGAAGCAAUGAGCAAGCCUCGUGGAGAAGGAGAGCAGGUCACCGAGGCACGAAAGAAGCUGAUUGGCAUCGCUAAAGACCAGAAACAACGUAUUAAUCAAUACAAAGCCGAUGCCAAGGCUAGGGACGAACAAAUCGAACAGCUGUCAGAGCAAUGCGACGUGUUGAAGCAGCAGCUCGACGACAAGUCGUCGGAAUUGGAGGACCGAUCGUCUGGCUUGCGAGAAUUAGAAGAAAAAUGUCGGCGUUAUAAGGAUUUUCUUAAUGACGCAAUCAAGGAACAGCAAAAAUUGUACAAGGCGUCUAAGCAACAGAUGAAAGACGCUGUUGACAAAUUGCGCGCUGAACAGCUCCAGAGCACAGCACUUGAUCAGCAACAAAAAGCAAAGGCCGAAGCGGCACAAGACCAUAUGCGACAGCGAGUAGCCAACGCGAUCGCCGAAACCAAGCGAUUGGAAUUAGAUUUCCGUGGAAAGUUGCAAGGAGUGGAGCAACAGCUCGGAGAUCGUAACUCGGAGUUGGCCCGAGACAAGGAAACAAUUAAGGAGUUGCUACAGCGACUUGCAGAACAACAAGUUUGUCAAGACGAACUCAAGGAAAUUCAAAGCCAGACUUCUACGAUCUCCAAGAAGCUCGUCGACUUCGAGACAAGGCAGAAGGAACAGAAAGUUGCCAGCGACGAAGGGCAAGCUGCUACACUUUCUGUGAUUGUAGAUCGUUUGGACAACCUCAUGAAAGAGGUGAAGUCGCAGCCAGAUAUAUUCUCCGAAUGGGUUGUCGGAAACAACCAGACGACGUCGAGAAUACUGGAACAGCUCGAGAGUGUCGCUAGUGCACAAUCUGAAACCACAGAAAAGGCGCAUCAGCUCGCCCAGCAACUCGACGGCCAUAUGAGAGAUGUGUGGAAAUGCCUUGCUGAAAGCAAAGCUUCUCUGAGACAGGAAUUGGAAGGAAAGACCUUGGAAAACUUACUCCUAUCUACAACCGUGGAAGACAAGGAGGUGGAAAUCCAAGAUUUAUUCUCGGCUCUGAAGGAAGCGUCUGAACAUGCUCUUCAAGGGGAGAACCAGAUCCAGGAGCUAGAAGCCAAGAUCCUGCAGCUGGAGAACUCGCCACGGGACGACCCGGAUGUUCUCAGACAGCUUCAGGCCCUCAGAGAAGGGAAAAACAAUCUCAAAGAAGAGCUCGCUUCUAAGAGCUCGCUGACCUCUAAGCUUCAAGCGAGUCUCCAGCAGAAAGACCAAGAAAUUGCAGCCGAAAUCCAGAACCACAAGGAGGAUGCGCUUGAGUUUAUUCGUCUCCUGGGAGAGCGAGAGAAUGCAGCACAGAAAGCCCGAGACCAGGCUGUCGACUUGGCUGUGCGAGAAGUAUCGGCAAGCAUGGAACAGACGAAGCAAGAUUUUCAGAGGCGUGCAAAUGAAGCAGAGAGCGACCGCGACAAAUUGGCCAAAGAGCUUGAUGAUGCAAAGAGGAUGAUUUCCGAGUUGCGAGAGAAGGACUGCUGCGAAGCUGAGGCGAUACGCACUCUUCGGUCAGAUCUUGCAAACGCUGAGUCGAGAGCCUCAACUAUUGUUGAAGACGAGAAGAAGAGGCUCGCGGAAAACGCAGAGACGAACAAGCACAAUGAAUCGACGAUUAGCCAGCUGAAACAAGAUCUGAUACAGGCCGAACAAAACUUAGCCAAGUUGACAGAAGAUUCUCAGGUGUAUGAGAGAGAGGCACAGGACUUGAUCAAUGAUUUGAAGCAGUGGACCAAAGUUGAGCACGGUAUUGGCAAAUCAGAGAAAAGACGACUCUAA